AUGAGUGUGCUCGACUUGUGCUCGACUCAACCGAAAGCGUUUCAGACGGCUGCUGAUAUUGGAGGCAUAUCGAUGUAUGACAUUUCAAUUUACGGUGGUGAUAAGACGAGACUCACAAAGAAAGAACGUAUGAGGCGGAGAGCACGUAGAAUGAUCAAAGCUGGUUUACGUGAAGAUCAUGCAUUGAUUCAAUGUUUGAAGCAUUUAUUUGCAAGCGGCUCCGUGCCAAGUGCGCUAGGCUUUAGUAUGAAAGGUCAGGGCUUCGGAAAAACCGCGUGGCGGAGGCCUGGUCUGUGGUUGAUGAUUAGGCCUAUAUUGAGGCUGAUGCCUGGUGCUUGGGCUUAA